CAGCAAUUAUACGUCAUCACUUAGCGCCAACUUCAACGAAGAAGCAAACGAAAAUGGCUGCAAGGUUACUGCUCCGUACCAGCGUGAGAGCCGCGGUUAGCUCCCGGGUUUCGCGGUUGUCUCAAGCUCCAGUUUUGGCCCGCAGCAUGGCGGCUGGAGGGAUCCCCACGGAUGAGGAGCAGGCCACUGGGCUGGAGAAGAUCAUCAUGAAGGCCACGAAGGAGGGAGCGGAUCCCUACAGCAUAAUGAAACCGAAGAGCUACGCUGGCUCCAAGUCAGACCCCCACCUGGUUCCCUCGAUCACAAACAAGAGGAUUGUGGGAUGUGUCUGUGAGGAGGACAACACGGCUGUGGUUUGGUUCUGGCUUCAUGAAGGCGAGGCCCAACGCUGUCCAUCCUGUGGUUCCCACUAUAAACUGGUGUCUCAUGAGCUGCCCCACUAACUUAUUAAUCUCUCAUAAAAGCUUAGAGUUUGACUUGUUUUAAAAAUUCCUCCAGAACAAGAAGAGUGGCAUUCAUUUAAUUCCUCAGCCUACAGGAGCAUCUCGUGUCCUUUGGGCUUUUCUUGUUUUGUCUUAUCCUCAGUCUUUGUUUUACACGCUACAUUUCCAUGGAGACGAGGUGUUUAUGGGACCCUUAGAUUCAGUUUACGGUGUACUGUAAGAUGUUACACUCGGACCAUUUGAAUCCUCCACUUAAACCAAUAAAAAACAACUCUUGAU